UAUAAAUAUGAGCGGACGCAAACACAGAGGCUCUGAAAAUAUGGAAAACCUGUGUCCCGUCACUCGAAAACGCUCAACAAGUAAAAACGGCGCUGCCGCCGCUGCUGCUGUUUCGGCCGCUCUUGUUUCCGCCACGAAAUCGGUCAACUACGAGCACCCAUCAUCGCCAUCGGCACUCACCUAUGAGGCCCUCGAGGAGAUGGGCAUCGGCAUGCUGGACUCUGAGGAGAGCAGCUCAUCCGCCCUCUCGGCCAUGGCGCUGGCCGUUAGCGCCAGUGCUACCAGCGACGACAACUCCAACGAGAUGACCCCGAUGAGCACCAAUGUUCCGCCCAUGGCACACCAGUUGCAGCAGCAGCAACGCCUGAGUCUUAACUCAACGGCCGACACUACACUGGACAGCAGCGUAAGCGGCAACACUACUAUCGUCGAGGACGCUCAACAGCGGCUUCUUCGGCAGUCGGCUGAGAAGCUACAGGCCCUGGCACAGGCUAAGCGCACGGCCCUAGGCCCAGAAGGUGGCAGCAACUCGAACUCGCCCAGCAAACGCUUCCGAAACCCCCUUACCGCCGUAACAUGCAAUAACCAGAGCGAGUCGCUGGCUCCGCUGAAUUUCCAGCCCUCCACCAGUAGGCUGGCACAGGUACGGCAGGCAAAUAAGUCAGCGGCAUCACCGCCACCGCCGCCAAACCGCCGAAUUGUGCCUGCGGCCGAAAGCUUCUUUGUGUUCCGCACUCCUUCCAUGAGUGCCCACAUCAACAGCGGUAUUAACUAUUUUGACCGGCUGUCGGAUGAGAUACUGUUGGGUAUUUUCAAGUGGCUACCAAAGAAGACGCUCCUGCGAAUGGCCAUCGUAAGCAAGCGCUUCAACCGCUGCUCUCGUGACGAGACCUUGUGGCCACGACUGGAUCUUGGUCUGCGCACGUUUCGGCCGGGGGCUCUCGAGCAAAUUAUGCGUCGGGGUGUCCAGGUGCUGCGUCUCGCCCAGACAACGGUCCAUGAGCCCGCUUUCACACCUUCGGCAGCUCCGUUCAAGGCUCGAUUGCAAUAUCUUGACCUGAGCAUGGCUGCCAUUAGCAAAAGUUCGCUGCGCACGUUAUUCUCUCAGUGCCGCCAGUUGAAGAAGGUAAGCCUUGAGAGCACAGAGCUUGAUGACGACAUUUGCGCAGAGAUUGCCAAGAAUAAAUCCCUGGAGGCGGUCAAUCUGACCAUGGCCAGCGGCCUAACUGCCAACAGUGUGCGUGUGAUGAUGGAGUCUCUUACGAAUCUGAGCAGUUUAAACAUAUCGUGGACGGACCUCAGUGCAGAUGCUGUGACGGCACUAGUCGCGAACAUAUCCCCCAAUGUCAUUCGCCUGAAUAUUGCCGGUUGCCGGCGGGUCCUCUUUGAUUCUCAUGUGGCUACUUUACAGAGACGUUGCCCCCAGCUGCUGGAGCUUGAUUUAUCUGACUGCAAUAGCCUCACCCCAGAGGCCAUUCCGGCAAUUAUGAAGUUCAAUAUGCUGGAGUAUUUGUCCGUUUCGCGUUGUUAUCUUAUUCCCGCUACUAGAUUUAUCGAACUGAAGGGAAUGCCCUCACUUACCUACUUGGACAUAUUCGGGAUGCUGUCGGAUGCUGCUAUGGAGGUCCUUGAAAAGCAAAUGCCCAAAAUGGGGAUCAACAAGUUCAUACACAGUUCGGUUUCCCGUCCGACUGUGGGAACGCGUCGCACCUCCAUCUGGGGCUUGCGCACGCGAGACUAAAACCAAAUC